AUGGAUCCAGUGAAAAAAAAGUAUAAAAAAGCUUUGAAGGUUUCCGAAAUCGUAGACUAUCUCCAAGAUAUUGAAGAUUAUAGUGAUGAGGAGUUGAAUGACAUUGAAGUUGCCAUAUUGCCGCCGGAUGAGGUAGAUGAAAUGACUGAAAUAGAAGAAGGUCAUGACGACAAUAUGGGAGUUUUGCCAGUGUCUGAUGUAGCUAGUCAAGUGGAAUUUUCGUGCACGAUCAAUAACGUCGCGGAAAAUCAUCUUACUCAAACCGCAUCUCGGACAAGCAAGACAGUCACUUGGCGUAAGUGUGAACCAGUAUAUUCUGAAAUACAGCCGGAAUCUAAUACUACGGAGUAA